AACCCAGGGCCCGGGCAGAAAGUUGGUUCUUUAUUCUAUGCUCCAAACGCAAAUAUGGAUGUAACAGGUUCGGUAUAAUUCUGUUGUUUCGUGUUAUCGACGUCAAGUGAUAGCAGAGUUUUGGGCGUUGUUAUAAGUAAGCAUGACAAGUCACAUAAGCGACGUAAAGCCGCUUCCUCAUCACGCUAGAAGAGAUGUUUGUGGCUCGAGGCCUGCCUACCGCCAAGGUAGAAAAGCCACUGCCGUGAAAGUGUUCACAAUCAACCAGGAGUCGUGCUAUCUGCUGAUAAGCAACGUCAACGCCGUUGGUGCCUGCGAGGACCUGAAGGAUGCUUGCCUGGAGUAUGGCGAUAUUGACGAUUUUCAUGCCGUCGAUGGCUACGACACUGAAGAAUUUACCGAGACAUACCUGGUGAAAUUCGCCCGUAUACAGUCGGCAAGGAUAGCCAAGAAGAAACUCGACGAGAGAUCUUUCUUCGGCGCUGUAUUGCACGUUUGCUAUGCACCCGAGUUCGAGACGCUUGACGAGACGCGCCAUAAAAUAAUCGACCGUUGUAAGUACGUCGCAUUCAAGACUGGGAAGCAUUUUAGGCCGGUUACAUCACGCGGUCGUAAAAGACGCAGUGAAGCCAAGGGCAGCAGUUUUCUGCCCGAGAAGCGCAACCUAAGCGUUCCUGAAACUCCACCGAUUUCUUAUAUUUGGGCCGGUCGGGAGUACUCGCUAACACCUCGGGCCGCGCAGCUGGACUGCAGUGGCCUGCCCUCUUCGUUGUCGCCUUCAUGCGUGAAUCCGCUGUACAACGAUCAGCCACUGAACUUCGGUGACACCCCGCGCCAGAGUGCUGCCAGUAGCGAAGACCGGGUGUCUUUCACACGCGAAGAUAAGUCGAGCAAGUCAAGUUCUGCUCAACUCGUCACAGACGCUUACGAGAGAACCAUCUCAUUGAUUCGAGACAAGGUUAAAGGAGUGGCGGUUCCAAACACGGACGUACUCUUAAGGAAGCGAAAGCCUUGACUGUUCCCUACAGACGUGCGCUUUCUGAUGGAAUUUGCUUGGUGCCUGCAGUAGGGAAAAAAAAAAAAAAAAAAACUGGCGAUGCGCUUCAUGUCAGGCUGCCAAGCUGAAAUCCAACCUUGUGAAGUCGCUUUCUGAUAUAAACCUUGUUUUCAAAAUGUCACUUUUUGUUCAAUCC